AUGGAUUCUUCCACGACCCCUCUCAUUGAUCGGGAUGACCUAGAACGCCGGCCAGAUUCCACCGGAUCUCCGGCAGAUGGAUCUUCUAUCGUUAAAGUCCUCGCCGGUUUCUUUGUUUCCAUGCUAGUCCUUUCAUCUAUGGUUGUUGUAAUGUACAACCAAUUACAAAGACCACAAGGUGGCCGGCAGUCCACUACCACCACAACCACGUCAGCAUCGUCGGGAAUUGAGGUGAAACCGUCGUCAAGAGGGGUGGGGUGGCCGGAGAAGAUGGGUGGUGGUGAUGAUAGCAUAGAAUGGCAACGAUCUGCUUACCAUUUUCAACCCGAUAAGAAUUUCAUCAGCGACCCUGAUGGUCCAUUAUACCACAUGGGUUGGUACCAUUUAUUCUACCAGUACAACCCGGAUUCCGCCAUUUGGGGCAACAUCACAUGGGGACACGCCGUCUCCAAAGACCUAAUCAACUGGUUCCACCUCCCUCUCGCCAUGGUUCCCGAUCACUGGUACGACAUCCAAGGCGUCAUGACCGGCUCCGCCACCAUCCUCCCCGACGGCCAAAUCAUCAUGCUCUACAGCGGCAACGCCUUCGAUCUCUCCCAGCUUCAAUGUCUCGCAUACCCUCUCAACUCCUCCGACCCCCUCCUCCUCGACUGGAUCAAAUACUCCGGCAACCCCAUCCUCUUCCCCCCUCCCGGCGUCGGCCUCAAAGAUUUCCGGGACCCUUCCACUCUCUGGAUCGGACCCGACGGUAAAUACCGAAUGGUGAUGGGAUCGAAACAUAAUGAUACGAUCGGGUGUGCUCUCGUCUACCACACCACCAAUUUCACACACUUUGAGUUGUUGGAUGAUGUGUUGCAUUCGGUUCCGGGUACGGGUAUGUGGGAGUGUGUGGAUCUUUACCCGGUAUCUACUACUGAUACGAAUGGGUUGGAUAUGUCGGAUCAUGGGUCCGGUUCGGGUGGUGUUAAGUAUGUGUUGAAGCAGAGUGGAGAUGAGGAUAGACAUGAUUGGUAUGCGAUCGGGUCAUACGACCCGGUGAAGGAUAAAUGGUACCCGGAUGAUCCGGAAAUGGAUGUGGGUAUCGGGUUGAGAUAUGAUUAUGGGAAGUUUUAUGCUUCGAAGACGUUUUAUGACCCGAGUAAGAAGAGACGGGUUCUUUGGGGAUAUGUUGGUGAAACGGAUCCUCAAAAAGAUGACCUUAUUAAAGGAUGGGCAAAUAUUUUGAACGUUCCAAGAUCCGUGAUAUUGGACACUAAGACACAAAGAAAUUUGAUUCAAUGGCCGGUUGAGGAAGUCGAAACUUUGAGGUCUAAAAAGCACAACGAAUUUAAAGACGUGGAGUUGCAGCCUGGAUCACUCAUACCACUUGAUAUAGGUUCCGCCACACAGUUGGACAUAAUUGCCUCAUUCGAGGUAGACAGUGCGAUGUUGGGUGCAACCCUAGAAGCCGAUGUUUUGUUCAACUGCACCACAAGCGAUGGUUCAGCCGCAAGGGGUGUUUUGGGACCGUUUGGGCUCGUGGUCCUAGCCGAUGCAUCACUAACAGAGCAAACUCCAGUGUAUUUCUACAUUGCAAGAAACAUUGAUGGCACCUCGAGAACUUAUUUUUGUGCUGACGAAUCAAGAUCAUCAAAGCUUUUAGAUGUGGGCAAAAUGGUGUAUGGAAGUAGUGUUCCUGUCCUUCAUGGUGAAAACUACAACAUGAGAUUAUUGGUGGAUCAUUCAAUAGUAGAAAGCUUUGCACAAGGAGGAAGAACAGUGAUAACAUCAAGAGUAUAUCCUACAAAGGCAAUCUAUGAAUCAGCCAAAGUAUUCUUGUUCAACAAUGCAACUGGCAUCAAUGUUAAGGCAUCACUCAAGAUUUGGAAGAUGGGUGGGGCACAAUUAAACCCUUUUUCCCUCUUUAAAUAGGUUCAGUUUUACUCAUUGUGUUUCACUAGGGGCAUUUUGGUCAUUUCCUAUGCCUGUUGUAGUAGGUGUAAGCUUAUAAGUUACAAAUCCCACUCAUUCAUGUUUUUGUAAGUUGCAACACCCAAAACUCAAAAUCAUGAUUAAGACAGAUUUUAUAAAGAAAGAAAGAAAUAACAAAUUGAUAUCGAAG